UUACAUUUUCUACGCGUGAUUCUGCGCCUGAGGCAGCCCGAUCGAUGCGAUGUGUUACGGCGUUGAGUCAUUGUGAUAAACUCUGUGUGCUGUGAUAUGUUUGCCUUAUACUAGAUAUAGGCAUGAAUCUUUAUAUGCAGUGUCAUCGUGAGGAGCGCCUCGGCGGCGGAGGGCUGGGUCUGGGCAGUGGUGGCUUCCGCGGCGGUGGUCAGCCCUCGCUAGCUGACUUCCAGCCGCCCUACUUCCCACCGCCCUUUGCACCACCUGCGCAUCCCGCCACGCCACAUCAGCAACAAGGUCAUGGCAUGGAUUAUGGAAGCAGUGGAGGUGGCGAGUACGGCCAGCACUACGCGCCUCAGCAAUUACUGCCUCGUCACCACGGUCACCACGAGCCGCAUGGCCAUCUGCGCCACCAUCGUGAUCAUCAUGACAUACAUUCGCACCACUUAUCGCACGGAGGCUUCAGCUAUAGCGGCAGUGAUAGGCGGUCGGAUUAUGGAGUCCGAGAACAGCAUGAGUUGGCGUUACAUCAUGCCCUGCACUCCACAGAUGAAACACAGAAUGCUGGCAUGGAUGAUACCACGGGAUUUAUGACAGACUUACCCUUAUUAAAAUCGAUGAAAGGCCGCGAUGGCCUAAGCGCAGGGUCAUGUGCACCAAACGACGUGUUCUGCUCAGUGCCAGGACGCCUAUCACUUCUCUCCUCAACCAGCAAGUACAAAGUGACAGUCGCUGAGGUCCAGCGAAGGCUUUCUCCCCCAGAGUGCCUCAACGCGUCGCUGUUAGGAGGAGUCUUACGGAGAGCAAAAAGCAAAAAUGGCGGACGUUUAUUACGAGAGAAAUUAGAAAAAAUAGGCCUUAACCUACCAGCGGGGAGGCGGAAAGCCGCGAACGUGACCCUGCUCACUUCUUUAGUAGAAGCUGAAGCGGUGCAUUUGGCCCGUGACUUCGGCUAUGUAUGUGAAACAGAGUUCCCUGCGCGGGCGUUAGCGGAAUACCUCGCAAGACAAUACGCAGAACAUGACGCUAGACGAAGGCGUGACCUGUUGCAGGCUACGAAGCAGGUUGUCAAAGAAGUAAUGGAUCUUCUAAACCAAGAUAGGUCUCCACUCUGCAAUACUCGGCCGCCGCAUCUCCUUGAACCAGCGAUACAGCGACAUCUAACGCAUUUCUCUCUCAUCUCGCAUGGGUUUGGAGGACCGGCCAUUGUUGCAGCUCUCACUGCCAUACAGAAUUUCUUAAACGAGUCAUUGAAGCAUUUAGAUAAAUUAUAUCCACAAAGCGGUAUGGUUUCGUCAUCGUUAGACAAAACUAAGAUGGACCCCGACAUUAAGAAGUAGCAGUGUGACGUCAUUACAAGAAAAUAUUUGUGAAAUUACAACAUUAUAGAAAGUGCCAAUGUCGAUAUUUUUAUGAUUUAAAUAACAUUAAAAUGCCUUGAUCUAAAUUGGUGUUGCCAUAUAUUUUUUUAGUUUUCCGUUGAAAGCCACUUCUGAAUACUAAAAAUAUAUAAAAUGUACUUUUUUUUAAUUAUACCGCAAAAAAUAAAGUGCAAUUAUAUAAAUACUCAAGAUUGUGAGAAUUAUGUAAAUAUAGAUUGAGAAAGUAGACGUAAUUACGCAUUUUAUUAUAAGUGCCGAGACAAAUUACUUCUUUCGUUACGGUGUAACGCUAUACUAUUAUAAUGUGAUGAAUGCUACACAAUAUAGGCUUGUCAGCUGACCGUGUCAUCAAAAUUUUGGCAGAUCACUACCGUUACCAGUAAUUUGUCUAAUAGCAACCCCGUUUUGUAUUCACUUCAAAGAAAUAGUAUUUUACAGUACAACAGAGAGCCAUCGCAAUAAGUACACAUAUCAAAGUAAAUGUACAUAAUAACGUAAGGUUAACUAACUGUUUUAGAAAGGUUUUUUCUUAUUAAGGGAUAUUCAUUGUUAGAUAUUUUCAGGGCAUGAAAUUUCUAAUUUGUGAAUAUUUUUCACCUCAAAUGCUAAUAAUGAAAAAUCGGUCAUCAUCCGCUUAAUUUUAACAUUGGAACCUCCUUAGUUUUAAAUUAGAUAUAGUUUUUUGCUAGAUUCAUUGUGAACGUGUGCCAAUUAGUUUUAAAGUUAAAUUAACCUGUUCUGAGUGUUUUACGUAUGAUUAAAAGGAAUAAUUUGAAAAUUAAUUAUUUUGUGAAUUUAAUUUGUAAGAAAACCUACAAGAGGUAUUUUUAGCAAUAGCGUUUUUAAACAGACGACAAUGUCAAAUAGUCACUCCAACAUCAUCAUUCACUCUUUAGUAACAUAUUUUUUUGUAAUAAACAACUAUUUAUUAUUUGAGACUGUGUUGAGAUUUUCAAUAUAAUAGUAUUUGAUAUUGUGUAUCUAUUUAUUGCCAUCUAUGUGUUUUAUAGUAUAAAGUUUCAAUAUUUUUAUAUAUUGACUAUAUAAGUGGUCAUAAGUUAGCCUGACAACGAUUCACGGCUGGCUAAUUGCUCAACCUAUAAUUUAUAUUUUACUAUGUGUCAUUCGUUAUUAAUUUUAAGUUAAUAUUCCUAACUCCUUAAAUCGCUCUUAAUCCGUGCAUUGUUUAUACGUACGUAGAGGAAUAAAUUGUAGAAUAACUACGUUUAAAAAACUUAUCAGAAUUUUACAGAGAAAUUCCAAAGCAAUAUUGAGGGAUUAUUAAAUUGUGAUGUCAUCUUAAAGGAGCUUUCACAUUUAUACCCAUUUUGUAUACAAAAAUAUUUUGUGAGGUAAACAAAUUAGUGGUCUUGUCUUGUCUUGAAGGUAGUCCUCUACUACAUAUUAUUAAACAAGCACGUUUAUUAUUUGUUUCAAGUAAAAUGUGACGUGCCAAGAAUUUAA